GCCGGUCUAUCCAACACCAACUUCCCAACUCGUGGAUACUGCACAAUUGAAUUGCAUCUUCGCAGCCAUUAAUAUCGACAAAAGGCGACUGAUGCUGAAUAUUACGGUCAAUUGAGGGACACCAUGGGCGGUGAAGAAGGAGGUGCAUCCCGUAAACGAACGAACAACGCGUGCCUGCGAUGUCGCAGCCGGAAAGUCAAAUGCUCAGGAGAUUAUCCCUGUAGCAACUGUACUCGCCGCUCUGUUGAGUGCCAAUUUGGGCCAGAUGAGAAGAAGGUCGUAGUAUCAGAGAGUUAUCUAUUAGAACUAGAGCGGAGAUGUUCUCUGAUCGAAUCUGAGGAAAGGAUAGUACACCCGCCUGCAAAGAGGAUUAGGCCUUCGCGAUCAUCGUUUUCUGACGGAUCUGAUUAUGAACGUAAUGAUAACUUCAGGGUGGACCAAAGCCUACUUCGAGCCUCAAGUGCAGGUCGUCCAUCAAGCAAUUCUCAAACUCUGACUGAUUUACCACAACCAAAUGAGGAUGAGUCGGAUUACAAUGAAAUCCGUAAUCCACUGGUUGCCAGAACGUCAAAUAUUGUCACUGACCCAGUUGGUAGAAUGCGCUGGCUUGGUCCCUCCUCGACAUGGGCAUACAGCCGUCACGUUAUACUCAUGAUGUGGAAGCAUCUUGGGCAAUAUGAAGAGAACAACACUUCUCCCCGAGUAGACGCGCAAGCUAUUUCGCUCGACUGGCCCUCGGUCUGCCAGAUCGACACUCCAACUCGUGCCAGUAUUCCAUCAUUCGAUCAUGCUAAAUAUCUUACCAGUACCGUAGAGUUCCAUCUCUGUCAAACAUACCAUUUGUUUGAUGUAGCACCCUUUAAGGUAAGACUGAAUGAGCUUUAUAGACAAGAGGUGUCAACCGUACAAAAGACAAGUUCGAACUUAUGGUACAUCCAUUUUCUUCUUGUCAUGGCCCUAGGGAAAGCUCUUUUGGCACCAGUAGACGUGUCCGACUAUCCUGCUGGCAAAGAUCUCUUUACACAGGCGCUGGAGCUACUUCCGAAUGCUCAUGGUCUGUAUCAGGAUCCGUUGCAGUCCAUCGAGAUACUCUGUUGUCUUGCUUUAUAUUUACAAUCCGUGGACCACCGGAAUAGCGCUUACCUAUAUAUCGGACAAGCCGUUAGAAUUGCAUUGUCGCAAGGCCUACAUCGGGAACGUUCGGUAGAUCAUCUCAGCAGUGAGGAAAUGCAUCGAUCUCGCUGCAUAUGGUGGACUGUGUACAUGCUUGAUUGCAAAUUCGCCUCUUCUAUGGGCGCUCCGAUCUCAGCUCGGGAUAGCGAUAUCACCGUGGAACUUCCUCAACCCAGAGACACAACAGAGACAUUUGAUGAUUUUAACGCUCAUGUAGCAUUGACACGGAUUUUCGCAAAGAUCUUGAGCACAAUUUACAGCGCAAAUGGCAGGCUCGACCGUCCUCUCAUCAAAAGCAUUCAGCAAGUUCUCAGGGAGCUGGCUCAGCUAUCGGAUCAAAUGGCCACCAAGUUCGAAUUUAGAAUCGGUGAAUCUAAUCCCACGUCAAGAGUUUCAGCAACGUUGAACCUAUUUUAUCAUCAGUGCGUAGUACUAGCAAUUCGGCCCAUCCUCGUUCAUCUCCUCGAAGAUCUCCUCAAAGUUCGUCGCCACACGGUUCAAGAGCUUGCAACCCCCAUCAAAGCACUUUUAAAAACCGCAUACGAGUCGGCAAGCAGAUCUCUUCGUAUUCUAUCGCAUCUGCAAUCGCAACAUCUGCUGGAAACCUUUCUCCCCUUUGAUCUCGAACAGACUUUCUCCUCUGCGUUUGUUCUCACGCUGAUGUCUGCUCUUCCUGGUCAUCCCCAUCGCCUCAAUGAAGAAUACGUACAUAGCGCAUUCAAAGUCAUCGAUGCGAUGAUUCACCACGGGAACGUCGUAGCACGCUUCCGCAGAGAGGACCUCCAGGAGUUACAGAAGGCAAUGAGUCAGUGCUUAGUGGAGAUCCAUGGGUCCGAUGAUACGCCUAGGGAGGCCAGGGAUGAAGAUACCACGAUUACAUCAAGAGAGGCGUGGGAGGGAUUAGAGGCUGAUUACAAUCUGUCAAGCGACCAAUUCCCGAAUCUCCAUGAUUCACUAGAUAUGGAAUCUGAUCAGAUGACCUACAUUGACGAUUUUCUUAGCUGGGAACCGGCAGUAUUGGAACAUUCAGCUAAUCAGCUCGCGACUGACUGGCUAUGGGCUCAUACUGGAACAGGGCCGAUAGCAGAGUAGUAUUACCUUAUCGGAGUUAUCUUGCCACUUUUCAGAUACUGUACGAUCGAGCCUAGUUUAGGUGGCGGGUCUCGAAACCGAAGCUAUUUGGCCUGGUCAAUUUCGGGUUCCUCGCCCGAGGCUGGCGUCGGUGCAAGCAUAGUGAGCUAGCGGAAACUCCAACCGCGC